GUUGAGAAAUGAGAAGUAAGAACAUGUCAUUCCGACUGAAGUCGCGGCGGUGUGCGCACGCAUGUUGCCGCAGUUCGCCUGCUUUUUUUAACGAAUCCAUAUUAUGUAAACAUUGGACAUUCACGUGCAUACACAGUUAAAUAAACAGUUGAAGCCUCUCGUUAGCGGUUGGAUAACAGUGCGAUCCGAUAGUAUCGAGUGUUUUCGUAUUAUAUCCGCUCUGCGAGUCGCCAUCGAUUUUACGUACAGUUUCGAAGUCAAGCAUAAUAAAAUGCGGUUUGCUUUUACGAGUUUCGUGCUUCGGAACGGAAUGCGACGCGGGCUAGUGACAAAAAGUUGUGUGCACGACGAGUUUAUGUGAUAUUAUAGUUCUGUUUGGAUUGCUCGUUUAAAACUUCGCAACUUGAAGUUUACGCCGAGUUUCCCCGAAAUUUCGAUGGUGAUUUAUAAAUAGAUUGUGUGGGGUUUCAUAACCCACGCGGUCACUAAAUGCGAACGAAAUCUGGAUAUUGUGUAAAUCAUUGUUUUUGUGCGGCCACCGAAGCACCGCAAGUUUUUAUUUUAGUCAUAACUCGUGUUAAUCUCGUCCUUGACUAGAAAUAAAUCUGCACAUGCGUAAACGUAACUGUAACUAUAUAUGAUCAAGAUGAUGUGGCCUUCCUCUCAAGCGAGCAAAAUCCUAACAUUGCUUCUGUUCAUAGUCGUCAUCUACUGCCUUUAUAUGGACACAUUACUGUACUUGCGUAUACAGAGAUACAAAUUAGAUAUAUUCGAACACAAUGAGAACGUCACGCAAGAAUCGACGACGCACAAGACGUUAGUGGCUCUUCGUGAUUAUGAAGAUGAAACUUGGAUACCGUGCACCAUAAACCCUUUAUGCCACCCGACCGUGAAAGCGCUGAUGGUCGAUCACGUAAACCAUUAUAUAUACGGGCCACUGUGCUCGAUACUCGACCUGGCGCUGGGCAUAUCCGAGAAAAUGUUAUUUUUAACGCCAAACAUGAUAUCGUUCUCACAUGUUGUUAUCGCUUUAAUAGGCGCAAAGCUACUGACCUGUCAGAAUUUGGCUGCCCGGCGCAUUGGCAUAGUUUUAUUCCAAAUACGAAUGUUCUUGGAUGACUUGGACGGUCACGUUGCGAGGGAGAGAAAGCACAUAAAGGGUGAACGAUCGGAAGUCGGCACGCUGGGCUACUGGGUUGAUGGUAUUUGCGAUUUAGUGGGUGUUAUAUUCAUGAUGGUGGGCAUAUUGCUCUAUCUGAAGAACAAUCCGCCCAGAAGGGGCUACAAGGGCACCCCAGUGAGCACCCUGCCCUAUCACCAGUUGAAGGAAAUAAACUCGAGCGAGGACAUUGAGAAGGAUCACACGACUGAAGGUAUUUCGUACAAAACCAAAGUGUCCUUCCAGAGGAUCGUCCAGGUGAUCGGGCUGUUCUCUGGCCAAAUGGUUCUAUCGUCUUUAGCCUGGAAUAGAUAUAUAGACUUAUACCAAACUAUGCUUGAGAAUAGCACAGACUAUGAUGUGUUCAGACGCGAAGCGGCGUUUAAAUCAAGCAAGUUCUUUAUCGCGACCGGCGUUUGGAGGGUGGUUAAUCCGCACAGUUAUUUACACCUGCUCUCGUUGGCCGUGUUCUGUGAUAAGACGUGGGGAUUCUUGAAGGCUGUUCACUACAGUGGGUAUAUAGGUCUGGUGGUGACUGCCGCUGCGUCGGAGUAUCUGGUGGAAAAUAUUCGGGCGUUUGUCGUUAACGGCAUGGAGGUGUGAGGCAGUUAGGAAGUGUUCGGUUCCAAUACGACAUACGUCCAUGGUAGGAAGUCCGUCAGGAUACGGAGUCUCAGGUAGAUAUUAAUGAAAGAACUGCUCUAUUCGCCUUGCCUGUGCGCGGUUCUCGUAUAAUAUAUGCUGUUACGAUCUUGACGUGGCCAUAUUUUAAUAAAUUAUUAAUGAGUUAUGAAUUUCCUUGCAUUGUUGUUAUGAUUGUAAAAACACACAACAGCGAUGUAUUGACACCUACUUGUCAAAAUAACUUAUAAAAAAAUAUCAAUAUAAAUGUUGGCAAUGAUAUUCGUUUAAACAUUUUAGUGGGGUCAUGGCCUCUCCCGCUUUUUUCUAAAGUGUAUUUUUAAUUAUCUGUCUCGCGCAAUAACGAUAAUUCGUAAUUGCGUUCCAAAUUCAAAUCUAUAUCAAUGCAGAGGCUUGUACGUACAAAUGGAAGUUAAAUAUAACUGUCUCGUAAAUUUUAGAGCGAAAGAAAGAGACGGCGAAACUUUUACUUCGUCCAUAUUAAAAAAAAAAUGAGUUUCUAAUAUGUCAAGUCGAUGUCAAUGAUCGUUGUUGAACUAGAACUCAAAUUAAUAUUUAAAAAAAAAAUAUUGUGAUAUUGUCCGUAGAAAUCCGUUGUGCCAACACAAUGGAAUGUAUAUUUUGAUAAAACUGUAAUAAUAUGACGACUGAUUUUCGUAGAAUGGUACUAUUUGUGAGGCAAAUGUUGUAUGCGCUUGGCAAUUUUAAAUCUUACAUCGGUAUGUAAGAAAGUCGCCGUUCGUUACGCUGUUUAUAAGAGCGGCUGAACCGAUUUGGAUGAAAUUUGCUAUAGUGAUAGUUUGCGACCCAAGAAGGUACGUAGCAUAGGACGGGUCUGUCUAUCUUUUCUUUCCACUGCGCGGGCGAAGCCGCGGGCGGAAAACUAGUAGGUAUAUAAUAAAAAUCAAUACGAUAUUUAAUGAAAAAAGGAAAAAAGAUUAAUAAAUAAAUGUUCCUGCGUUAUCUUUUGAUAUAAUAUAUUUAAAAUUGAUUAUUAUCAGAAAUAAAUUUUUCAUAUAGAUGUUAUGAAUGAUUUAUCGGCCAAAAAUGUUUGUUGGUGGUAAUAUCUGAAACUACUCAACUGAUAUUAAAAAUUACAUUACAGAUACAAUCCCAUUACUCCAUCUUACUUCUUAACGCGAAUGUUUGUGACUGUUGAUGUGUGUUUGUUAUUCUUUCACGUGAUAAUCACUGAACGUCUUUUGAUGAGACUUGGCUGUGACGUAGCUAAUGUACUAAAGACGUGAGUUAUAGAAACACUCGCCUUUGCGCGCCGAUUAUCCGCGCGUGUCACAUAGUUAUUUGUAUGAUUACUAGACGUUCGUUCCGGGUUCGCCCGGAUAUCAAGAUUCCUAUUUUAUCCCAAGGGAACAUUUUAUCGGAAUAAAAAUCCUGACAAUGCUAUCACACAAGUCAACUCAUUCUCUGUCUGUCUACCAAAUUUUAUCAAAGUCCGUUCAGUAGUUUCAGCGUGAUUGUCGGACAAACAUCCAAACAAACAAACUUUGUCAUUUAUAAUAUUAAAUUGUGAUUAUAUGACCCGCCAAAUGCUCUGAUAGGACCUUUUAUGACAGGGGUAUAAAAAUAGUACGACCUUCCCUCAAGCUUACCGAAUAUGUAAAUAUUUAUGAAUCAAAUAUAUUUAUAUACAUAAACAUAGAAGCUAUUUUCUUGUGUUUGAAUUUACAUUUAAAAAACGAACAAA